AUGGUGCAGACUGGCAAUGUGACAGAAUUCGUUUUUCUAGGACUGUCUCCCAAUCCAGAGAUUCAGAGAGUUUGCUUUGUGCUGUUUUUGUUCUUGUACAUGGCUAUUGUGCUGGGAAAUUCCCUCAUUGUGUUGACUGUGAGCUUCAGCAAGAGUCUUGGCACACCCAUGUAUUUCUUCCUCAGCUACCUCUCCUUUGUGGAGAUCUGUCAUUCCUCCACCACUUCUCCCAAAUUCAUUGCAGAUUUACUUGCUGAGAGGAAAUCCAUCUCCCUAGAGGGCUGCAUCACCCAGGUGUUCUUCAUCCAUUUCUUUGGUGGCAUUGAGAUGUUUCUACUCAUAAUAAUGGCUUAUGACCGCUACUUGGCCAUCUGUAAGCCUCUGCACUAUGUGACCAUUAUGAACCACUGGAUUUGUGACCUUCUGGUUGAGAUGGCCUAUUUGGCUGCCUUUUUACACUCAACUGCCCAAAUUCUCCUCCUAGUCCACUUACCCUUCUGUGGCCCUAAUGUGAUUGACCAUUAUUUCUGUGAUGUGCUCCCUCUGCUGGAGCUGGCCUGCACUGACACCUUUUUCACUGGGGUGCUUAUUGUGGCUAAUGGGGGGAGCCUGUCAGUGGUCAGCUUCUUAAUUCUCCUGAGCUCUUACAGUGUUAUCUUGUUCCACCUAAGGGGGCAUAGCAAGGAAGGACGCCGAAAGGCCCUCUCCACUUGUGCUUCCCACAUCACUGUAGUCAUCUUGUUCUUUGGACCCUGUGUCUUC